UAGCACUUUGUCCUCUCAGGCAAUAGAGACUGAGCUGCUUAAAAGGGAAAAGUUACCAAGUCGACGGGAAACCAGUAUAUUUGAAACUCGUAUAAUCGGAAUUACCAAGGUUGUUGGACUAUACCUAUUUAUUAUUUGUAACAAGGAAAACAGAGAAAACGCGCUGCAAUGAAGCUAACAGGACUAUUUUUAUUAGUGAUGCUUUGGAGCUGCGAGAGCGCAAGAGUGGCAGAAAGCAGAGACGAUAGCAGUGUUUACGACCUGUUCGAGAUUGUUCAAGUGCCCAAGAAGAAACAUGGGGUCAUGCUCGUGAAAGGCGACGACCCCUACAGUCCCGCCUACAAGAUCCUGAACCCAGACCUGAUCCCGCCGGUGCCCGAGAGCGAUUUCCGAGACCUGGUGGACUCCGUGCAGGCGGAGCGCGGCUUUUUGUUUCUGGUCAACUUCAAACAGGCGCGGCGCACCAGGGGCUCCCUGUUCACCGUGGAGAAGCGCGACGGCUCUGGUACCCUGUUCGAGGUGGUCUCCAAUGGCAAAGCCAAAACGCUGGACAUCGUGUUCGCCACGGAAAACAAGCAGCAAGUGGUGUCCAUCGAGGAAGCCGAUCUGGCCACUGGUCAGUGGAACAACAUUACGUUGUUUGUGCAGGAGGACAGGGUGCACGUCUAUGUCGGAUGUGAGGAGGUGAACAGCGCCGAGCUGGACGCGUCCAUCCAGAGCAUCCUCACUCCCGAGACGCCAAGCAUAGCCAACCUGAGGAUCGGGAAGGGAGCCGUUAAUGACAGGUUCACGGGUGUGCUCCAAAACGUUAGAUUCGUUUUUGGGACAACACUGGAUGCAAUACUGAGGAAUAAAGGAUGUCAAAACUCUGUUACUGACAUUAAUGAUGUAACUCCACAUAAUCUGGUUAAUGGAUCCAAUCUAUCAGCUAUCAGGACACAUUUUACUGGCCACAAAACAAAAGAUUUGCAGAUGAUUUGUGGCUAUACAUGUGAUCAGCUGACCAGCAUGUUUAAGGAACUUAAGACCCUUGGUGUAAUGGUGAAAGAUUUGAGUGACAAGCUCCGUAAAGUGACAAAUGAGAACCCUCUCAUUGGUGGAAACUUGGGAAUUCAUGCUGGUGUCUGUCUCCACAAUGGCAUUGUGCAUAAGAACAAGGAAGAGUGGACAGUGGAUGACUGCACUGAGUGCACUUGCCAAAACUCUGCAACGGUGUGCCGUAAGAUUUCCUGUCCCUUGCUUCCCUGUGCCAAUGCAACUGUUCCUGAUGGUGAAUGCUGCCCCCGAUGUGGAACUCCCAGUGACUAUGCUGAGGAUGGCUGGUCCCCCUGGUCUGAAUGGACUCAUUGUUCUGUGUCUUGUGGAAGGGGCAUUCAGCAGCGUGGCCGCUCCUGCGACCGCAUCAAUAACAACUGUGAGGGCACAUCUGUGCAGACAAAAGACUGCUACCUCCAGGAGUGCGACAAGAGUUUUAAGCAAGAUGGCAACUGGAGCCACUGGUCACCGUGGUCAUCUUGCUCAGUUACUUGUGGUUCUGGAGUUAUCACACGCAUCCGUCUCUGCAACUCUCCUACUCCCCAGCUGGGAGGACAAGAGUGUCAGGGUAAAGGCAGACAGACUGAGAAAUGUGAGAAGUCACCUUGUCCAAUUAAUGGUGGUUGGGGGCCAUGGUCACCUUGGGAUGCCUGUUCAGCUACAUGUGGGGGCGGUGUCCAAAAUCGCAAACGUCUUUGUAAUAGUCCACAACCCAAGUACGAUGGCAAAGAUUGUGUUGGUGAUGCAAAGGCAACUCAGCUAUGCAACAAACAAGCUUGUCCUAUCGAUGGAUGUCUGUCCAAUCCCUGUUUUGCUGGUGCCAAAUGUACAAGCUUUGCAGAUGGAUCUUGGAAAUGCGGAAAAUGCCCUACAGGUUACACUGGCAAUGGCAUUGAUUGCAAAGACAUUGAUGAGUGCAAGGAGGUUCCUGAUGCUUGCUUUGAAUUUAAUGGAGUCCAUAGAUGUGAAAAUACAGUACCUGGCUACAACUGCCUUCCAUGUCCUCCACGCUACAGUGGCCCGCAGCCAUUUGGCCGUGGACUAGAACAAGCUGCUGCAAAAAAACAGGUGUGUGCACCUCGUAAUCCCUGCCUCGAUGGAAGCCAUGAUUGCAAUAAGAAUGCCCGAUGCAACUACCUGGGCCAUUUCACAGAGCCCAUGUUCCGCUGUGAGUGCAAGCCUGGCUAUGCUGGAAAUGGACACAUCUGUGGGGAGGACACAGAUCUGGAUGGCUGGCCCAAUACUGACCUUGAGUGUGUGGAGAAUGCUACCUAUCACUGCAAAAAGGACAACUGCCCAAACCUUCCAAAUUCUGGUCAGGAGGACUAUGACAAGGACGGAAUUGGAGAUGCUUGUGAUGAUGACGAUGAUGAUGAUGGCAUUCCUGAUGACAGGGACAACUGCCCAUUCGUGUUCAAUCCCAGACAGUAUGACUAUGACCGGGAUGAUGUUGGUGACCGCUGUGACAACUGCCCAUACAAUAGCAACCCUGACCAGACUGACACAGAUAACAACGGUGAAGGUGACGCAUGUGCCGUGGACAUUGAUGGAGAUGGUAUUCUGAAUGAAAAGGAUAACUGUCCUUAUCUGUACAAUGUGGAUCAAAAAGAUACUGACCACGAUGGGGUUGGUGACCAGUGUGAUAACUGUCCUCUGGAGCACAAUCCUGACCAGCUUGAUUCAGACUCAGACCUUGUAGGAGACACGUGUGACAGCAAUCAGGACAUUGAUGAGGAUGGUCAUCAAAACAACUUGGACAACUGCCCCUAUAUUCCCAAUGCCAACCAGGCUGACCAUGACAAAGAUGGCAAAGGAGAUGCUUGUGAUUUUGAUGAUGACAAUGAUGGCAUCCCUGAUGAUAAAGAUAAUUGUAGACUGGUUGCCAACCCAGAUCAGCUGGACAGUGAUGGUGAUGGACGUGGUGAUGCUUGUAAGGAUGAUUUUGACCAAGACAACGUUCUGGACAUCUAUGAUGUGUGCCCAGAAAACUUUGACAUCAGUGAGACUGACUUCCGCAAGUUCCAGAUGGUGCCUCUGGACCCCAAGGGUACUUCCCAAAUUGAUCCUAACUGGGUAGUCCGUCACCAGGGAAAAGAGUUGGUUCAGACCGUAAACUGUGAUCCAGGAAUUGCUGUUGGUUUUGAUGAGUUUAAUGCAGUGGACUUCAGUGGGACCUUUUUCAUAAAUACAGAGAGAGAUGAUGACUAUGCAGGAUUUGUGUUUGGUUACCAAUCCAGCUCCCGAUUCUAUGUGGUGAUGUGGAAGCAAAUAACUCAGACCUACUGGUCCAGUACACCAACCAAGGCUCAAGGUUACUCAGGAUUGUCAAUCAAAGUGGUUAAUUCAACCACUGGACCAGGUGAACACCUAAGGAAUGCCCUUUGGCACACUGGUGAUACUCCCGGACAGGUCCGCACUCUGUGGCAUGACCCUAAGAAUGUUGGUUGGAAAGACUUUACCGCCUACAGAUGGCACCUGACUCACAGACCAAGAACAGGGCACAUAAGGGUGGUUAUGUAUGAAGGAAAAAAGAUCAUGGCAGAUUCUGGAAGAAUCUAUGACAAAACAUAUGCAGGUGGACGACUAGGUCUUUUUGUCUUCUCACAAGAGAUGGUAUACUUCUCAGAUCUUAAAUAUGAAUGCAGAGAUGCAUAAUUGCACAGGCAGGAUGAAUUUGGAAGAUGGCACCUUUCUGUAAAAUUAAGAAUAUGUAUUUCAUGCAAAGUCCAGGGAAAGAUUUUCCACUACAUUUUUCUGUGGCAUGUACUUUGGUGGGGCAACAAAUGGAUUUAUGGUAACCAGUGCUGGUUUGGACAAAGCCAACAUAGCUGACUGGAGAUUCUAGACACCUCCACCAAGAUCAGGUAGAGCAGGGAAAAAAGCCCCCAAUGGCUCUGCUUAAUCAGAAAGACCAAUCUCUUUAAAUAAACCUAAUUCAGAUCUGUGCAGGAAUUACUUUCUGCAGACAUCUAUGCACUUGGGUACCUUCUCUUGCUGCAUUUUCCACCUAAAUGAAUAUUUUAAAAAUGGACCAUUUCUUAGAGGUUAUUUUUUUUGUAAUGUGCCCAGUAUAGUAAUUUAUUUCAGGAUUACUUAAGAAUGACAACCUUGAACAGACAUUAAACAGGGUAUAGAGAGUUUACCAUGCUAGGGCAAAUUACUAAUUAGUCUUUAUUAAACUUAAAUAAUUGUGUUUAUAAUGUUAUUGUGCAUAAUUUGAAAAUAUCAAAUUCAAGGUUGAAAAAUGUGCUUAAAAUAACAGCAAUGAAAAUUAAUCUAACAAGACAUUAAGACCCACAAAAUUUAGUUGAGUCAAAUAAAUUUAAAUUGUAGUGCCUCAGACAAAAAAAAAGUUAAUUAUUAUUAAGUAAGUUAAUUUAUUGCCAUAGUUUUCUCAGGGUGACACCAGAACUUGUCCUAACAUUUUAGAUAACAUUUGAAGGUGACUUGGACAGAGCCAUGUUCAAAAGUCACCAUUAAUGAAAAAAAAAAAAAAAUUAAAACUGUAAAUGACACUUAAACUUGAACACUUCUUGAGAAAAGCAGAUAAAAAUGUAAAAAAAAUGUUUUUAAAGCACUUGCAAAAUAGGAGUUAAAGCUGAAAUGAUGGACCAGGGAUUCUACAUCAUUCAUUGGUUUAUUAAUAGGUAGCAGUAAUGAGUGUUUGUUGAGGAUACAGUACAUGUAAAAACUCUUUCUAAAUUAUUUAUCAAUUAUAAAAGAAUAAUAUAUACAGACAUUUUUUUUUUAAGUAAAGAAAAAAAAAAGACGAUUCUGAAGACAGAAUGCUUCCCGAAAUAUUGCAGUGUCACUAGUCAUGGCUAUCAGACCAACAUACUUCAUUAUGCCUUAUCUAAUUAUAUUCAUAGACUUUAAAAGCAGAGUUAUUUCAGACAUCAUUUGACCUGUGUGCCUUUCGCCUUGGAAAGAUAAAGGAAAACUUUGAUGUACAAAUAUUACCUCAAUACAAUCAUAACAUUUGAUCAAAUAAAAUUUAUUACUACUUUUAUUACGCUAAAAAAGGAAAUUGGUCACCUAUCGCUACUGUAGCACUAGCUGUAAAUAGUAUUACAUUCCUCAAGAAGUAUACAGCCUCUAAUUCGCUUAAUAAAACAUAUGUUUUGUUUAAUUUUUUUUAUUAUUUUAAUGUUGCCAGUGUCCAGUACUUUUUAAACAGAUAAAUUAUUGUACUGUUUGUUGUCUAUAAGACCAUGUUUCCAAUGAGAAUGCAUGUGUGCAUAUGUGUGUGUGUGCGUGUGUGUGCUGGUGUGUGUGUGCGUGUGUGUGCGUGCGCGUAUGUAUGUGUGUAUGUAGAUAAAUGCUAUUUAAAUAAUUUAUCACGGAAUGCAGCCUCAGGGGGCGUUUCCAUCUGUAUAAACGGUUUGCACACUGACAUGAGGAUGUUCUGUUCCUUGUUGUUCUUACAGUUUUUGUGUAAAAUUAGCAAUGCUUGUCUGUAAACAUUUUUACUUAGGUGUACAAUAAAAUGCUAUUUUUAUCUAUUACAAAUAUUUUGCUAUGUACUACAGAAAAAUAAAUAUAUUUGAAAACUCUCAAA